AUGUGUCGCCCAGUGCAUCGGCCGCGACAUCGCCCAACACGCAAACCCAAGCGCACACGAGCGGCGGCAGCGACGCAUGCAAAUGUUAGCACCGCCACACCCGUGUCAUUUGCCGGCCUCGGCUCCGAGGUGACGGUUACACUGACGCGUUCUGGUAAAACGACCGCCGGUCAUAUUGUACGGAAUCAUAGUAUUGCCACUGAAACGGUGCAGCAACACCAACAACACGAACUAAUUGAACAUCAGCAACAACAUCAUCAGUUGAUUACACAUCGCCAAUUGCAACAACACCAGCAGCAACAACAACAACAAACAACGGUGCUAGAUCCCUUGGACUUGCAAGAUCAAGAUGAAUACCAACAGCAACAACACCAGCAAAUAGUCAUCGAGCAUCACAGCGGCAAUGGUCAUUCGCAACAGCAGACGCACGAAGAAGAGUUGCUCGAGUAUGACGACGAAGAGGAAGUCGAGGAGCAUCACUUGCAGCAGCUGCAGGAGGUGCAGGACCAACAGGAAUGCGAUGGCGAGCAAGUGGAGGAGGUUUAUCUGAACUGA